GGCUCCGAUUUGAAUAGGUGGAUGUUAGACAUUUGAUUUUCUUGAUUCAUAAUCCGGUCUCGAGUUGGGUUUUAUAAUUUGAAAAAAAAAAGUUGCAAAUUUCCAAAAAUCGUAAUAAAACGAAACCAGCACUUUCCCAGCUUCCGCUCCACAGAUACGAGAAAUCCUUCGAAAUCAUCACCUCCUGCAUAACAAAUAAUUCCCGAUGACCCCCAUUGCCAAUUCUCGGACGCGGGCACUCUUUGGAAGACAAUUCUUCCUCAACGUCAACUCUCAAGACCAAGCACAACUCCUCUUAGCUCUCAGGCACUACUCAUCUUCCAAUGGAGAACAACUGGACGCUGAUAAUGUUAAGGAGCCAAGAAAAUCCUCAAACAAAUCCAAGACAGCUAAAUCAAUGGCAAGACUCAUUAACUCAAAACCCUGGUCAACUGAACUUGAAUCUUCUCUUUUUUCUCUUUCUCCUUCAAUUUCUAAAACCACUUUCUUUCAAGCUCUUCGCUUUAUUGCUUCCCCACCAAAAGCUUUUGAAUUUUUCAACUGGGCUUCAAGAAACGGGUUCGCUCAUGAUAGCCGAUCGUAUUUUAUGAUGCUAGACAUCUUGGGUCGUAAUGGAAAUCUCAAUAUUGCUCGUAAUUUUUUGUUUUCUAUUGAGAGAAGGUCCAAUGGGAGUGUUAAGAUUGAAGAUAGGUUUUGUAACACUUUGUUGAGGAGUUAUGGUAAUGCUGGGUUGUUUAAUGAAGCUAUAAAGCUGUUUAGUUUAAUGAAGUCAAGUGGGGUGUCACCAUCUGUCAUUACAUUUAAUAGUCUUUUGUUAAUCUUGCUUAAAAGAGGAAGGACUAACAUGGCACAUAGUGUGUUUGAUGAAAUGUGUGGGACUUAUGGGGUUACGCCGGAUACAUAUACUUUUAAUAUCUUGAUUAGAGGCUUUUGUAAGAAUUCGAUGGUUGAUGAAGGGUUUAGGUUUUUCAAGGAAAUGUCAAGGUUUAAUUGUGAGCCUGAUGUGGUUACUUACAAUACACUUGUUGAUGGGUUGUGUAGGGCGGGGAAGGUCAGGAUUGCACAUAAUGUGGUUAAAGGGAUGGUUAAGAAAAUGAAGGAUUUGAGUCCUGAUGUUGUUACUUAUACUACUUUGGUUAGAGGGUAUUGUAUGAAACAAGAGAUUGAUGAGGCUCUGGUUGUUUUUGAAGAGAUGGUUAGUAGAGGGUUAAAACCGAAUGAUAUUACCUACAACACCCUUAUAAAGGGUCUUUGCGAAGUGCAGAAGUUUGAUAAGAUCAAAGAGAUUUUGGGGGGAGCUGUAGGGGGUAGAGGGUUUGUUCCGGAUACUUGUACAUAUAACACUUUGAUGAAUGCACAGUGUGAUGCAGGAAAUUUCGAUGAGGCUUUGAAGAUGUUUAAGAAGAUGAAGGAGUUGAAAGUCCAACCAGAUUCAGCUACAUAUAGUGUUUUGAUCAGGAAUUUGUGUCAAAGGGGGGAUUUUGAGAGAGCAGAGCAAUUGUUCGACAAGCUAUCUGAUGAGGAUAUUUUGUUACGUGAUGAUGGCUGUACUCCUCUUGUUGCGGCUUACAAUCCAAUUUUUGAUUUUUUAUGUAAAAAUGGAAAGACUCACAAGGCUGAGAGAGUGUUCAGGCAGCUAAUGAAAAAGGGAACACAAGAUCCUCCUUCAUACAAGACCUUGAUCAUUGGGCACUGUAAGGAAGGUACUUUUGAGGCUGGGUAUAAGCUCCUGCUCUUUAUGUUGAGAAGAGAUUAUGUGCCUGAUUUUGAAACCUAUGUGCUGCUGAUUAACGGUUUCUUGCAGAAAGGUGAACCAAUUCUGGCCUACAAGACUCUGGAGAGGAUGCUAAAAAGUUCCUAUCUACCUAAAACUUCUGUUUUCCAUUCUAUACUUUCAGAACUUCUGAAAAAUGAUUUUGCCCGUGAAUCAGCUAGCUUUGUUGUACUGAUGAUAGACAGAAAAAUUAGACAAAAUAUCAAUCUCUCAACACAUACCAUGAGGUUGCUCUUUGGUAGUGAACUGCGAAUUAAAGCAUUCCAGAUUGUUGAAUUACUUUAUGAUAAUGGAUAUAUGGUUGACAUGGAAGAAUUGAUUGGUUUCAUUUGCCAGAAUGGGAAGUUACUAGACGCACAAAAGAUGUUGUCAUUUUGUUUGGAGAAGGGUCACAAUGUGGAUAUUAACGUGUGCAAUGUAGUUAUUGAAGGUCUGUGUAAAAUGAAAAGACCUUUAGAAGCAUUUGGGUUGUACUACAUGCUAGUGGAGAAAAGUAAUCAUCAGCAGUUGAGCUGCCUAGAAGGUUUGAGAACUGCCUUGGAGGCUGGGGGAAGAUCAGAGGAAGCAAAAUUUGUAUCUAAGAGGAUGCCCGAUGAGAGGCAGCUGGCAGAUCUCAGGGCUGUCUUGAUGGAGCGUGGACAUGAUUCUUCUGAGUUCCUGGCUUUGGCUUAUUUCAUGCUUCUCAUCCUUGACACCAACCUUUCUCCAAGAUCAAGUUUAGCUCUCGUUUAUAUUUCCCUGCUUUGUGAUGCUUCAUCCAUUAAAUUCUCUUUGUACCAAACUAUCUUCUUCCUAAACCUGUUGAAGAUGUCUAAAACGAUUGGCAACGGGGCUUCAAAGCACUACGCCACACUCACUAGGCGCGCACCCACUCCAGGCAAGGCAACAAUACUUGCAACAGGCAAGGCCUUCCCCAGCCAACUUGUUCCUCAGGAAUGCUUGGUGGAGGGUUAUAUGCGUGACACCAAAUGCGAUGAUGCUUCCAUUAAGGAGAAACUGGAGCGACUUUGUAAAACCACUACUGUGAAGACAAGAUACACAGUCAUGUCCAAGGAGAUACUAGAAAAAUACCCAGAACUUGCAACAGAGGGCUCUCCGACGAUCAAGCAAAGACUCGAAAUAGCAAACCCGGCAGUUGUUGAGAUGGCACUGAAAGCAAGCAUUGCUUGCAUCAAUGAAUGGGGCGGGUCGGUAAAAGAUAUCACCCAUGUUGUCUAUGUUUCUUCCAGUGAGAUACGCUUACCGGGUGGUGAUCUCUACCUUGCCAGUCAGCUUGGACUAAGGAAUGACGUUGGCCGAGUAAUGCUUUACUUCCUGGGCUGUUAUGGAGGCGUCACUGGACUUAGAGUUGCCAAGGACAUAGCUGAAAACAACCCAGGAAGCCGUAUCUUAUUAACUACUUCUGAGACAACGAUUCUUGGUUUUCGCCCUCCAAACAAGGCACGCCCUUACGACCUUGUGGGGGCCGCACUCUUUGGUGAUGGAGCUGCAGCUGUGAUUAUCGGAGCUGACCCUGUAAUAGGUAAAGAGUCUCCUUUCAUGGAGCUGAGCUAUGCUGUUCAACAAUUCUUGCCAGGUACACAGAAUGUGAUCGAUGGACGCCUUUCUGAAGAGGGCAUAAACUUCAAGCUUGGGAGGGAUCUUCCUCAGAAAAUUGAAGACAACAUUGAGGAGUUUUGCAGGAAGCUUAUGUCAAAGGCUGGUCUAACUGAGUUCAAUGAUUUGUUCUGGGCAGUCCAUCCUGGUGGCCCAGCAAUACUUAACAGGCUAGAGAGCAAUCUCAAAUUAAACACAGAGAAGCUGGAAUGCAGCAGGAGGGCCCUAAUCAACUACGGGAAUGUCAGCAGUAAUACCAUAGUCUAUGUUUUGGAAUAUAUGAAGGAAGAGUUGAAGAGAGAAGGGGGGGAAGAAUGGGGACUUGCCUUAGCUUUUGGACCAGGCAUUACUUUUGAAGGCAUCCUUCUUCGUAGCCUAUAAUUAAAUCCUGCAGCUACAUAUAUGCAUUUGGUUUUUAUUUUUCAUAAUGAAGCUACUCAUAUUAUGCUGUUUCUGAAGUAGUAACUCAAAAGAAAUGAAAUCUAAGAAAUUUCCACAGAA